GCUCAAGGCACAUUGCAUUUUUGUAGCUCAAAUUAAUCCCUUCGGUCCGAUCCGUACGAAGAAACGAAUUCUGCACAAGUGUUACUACUAGGGCGAAAUGGGCAUGCUUGGAGUCCCGAUUUGCGUUCAAUGCGGUAACACUGACAACCCCUGCAGGUGCAAGGUGGUUGGGCCAACACUUGGGUUCUUAGCAUUUGCCGCCGCAGCCGUCGUGGAGUGGCCAGUCGGCGCUUUAGUCUACUGCUUCAAGCACAUGAAGGGUCGCCGUAUCAUGGCCCAUCCGGCCACUGUGAUUUAUCCUUCCGUCACCAAUGCAAUCCCCAUUUGAUUUGCACUUGUAUUUGCUAAAUGUAAGCUUUGGUGAUCAUAUGAACAAAAAAAAAAAAAAAAUGAAUGAUGUUGAGUUAU